AUGCUGUGUCCCAAAGAGGUGGUGAGGGAGGAGCUGGGCAGCCUCCGCGGCAUCCCCCUCUACAAGUCCUUCGUCGAGGGCUGGCCGCGGGUGGAGGCGUUCCGAGCCCGGGCGGAUGACCUGCUGGUGGCCACCUACCCCAAAUCGGGCACCACCUGGCUGAGCGAGAUCCUGGACAUGAUCUACCAGGACGGCGACGUGGAGAAGUGCCGACGGGAUGCCAUCUUCAACCGGGUGCCCUUCCUGGAAAUGAAGGCCGCCGGGAUGCCGAGCGGCGUCGAGCUGCUGGAGAAAAGCCCAUCCCCACGGCUGGUGAAGACCCACCUCCCGGUCCAGCUCCUCCCGACCUCCUUCCAGGACAAGGACUGCAAGGUCAUCUACAUGGCCCGCAACCCCAAGGAUGUCGUCGUCUCCUACUACUACUUCUACCAGAUGGCCAAGAUGCACCCCAACCCAGGCACGCUGGGCGAGUUCCUGGAGACCUUCAUGGCUGGCAAAGUGGCCUACGGGUCCUGGUAUGACCACGUGCGGGGCUGGUGGGAGAAGAAGCAGGAGAAGCGGCUCCUCUACCUCUUCUAUGAGGACAUGAAGAAGGACCCACGGCAAGAGGUGCAGAAGAUCCUGCGGUUCCUGGGCAAGGACGUGGCAGAGGGGACGGUGGCGAGGAUCCUCCACCACACCUCCUUCCAGGAGAUGAGGAAGAACCCCGCCGCCAACUACGAGACCAUGCCCAGCGCCCUGAUGGACCACAGCCUCUCCCCCUUCCUCCGGAAAGGGAUCUCCGGGGACUGGAAGAACCACUUCACCGUGGCCCAGAACGAGCGCUUCGACCAGCACUACCGGGAGCACAUGGCAGGCUCCAACCUCCACUUCCAGAUGGAGGUGUGA